AUGGCCAAGUUCACACUGUUUGUAGCCGUUUUGGCUUGUUUAAGUUUAACUUCAUGCUUUGGAGUAAAAACCGAUUGGUGGGAAGAUGCAUCAAUCUAUCAAAUCUAUCCAAGAUCCUGGAAGGAUAGUAAUGGAGAUGGAGUUGGAGACUUGAAAGGAAUCACUCAAAAAUUGGACCAUCUCAAGGAUAUUGGAAUGACUGCCACAUGGAUUUCUCCAUUCUUCAAGUCUCCAAUGGCUGACAAUGGCUAUGACAUCACUGAUUUCUAUGAUAUUGAUCCAGUUUUCGGAACUAUGGCCGAUUUUGAUGCACUUAUCAAAAAAGCCAAAAGUCUUGGUAUUAAAAUAAUUUUAGACUUUGUUCCAAAUCAUUCAAGUACCGAAUGUGAAUGGUUUAAGAAAUCAGUCAAUCGUGAGGAUGGCUACGAUGAUUUCUACAUGUGGGCUGAUGGUAUUGUAGAUCCCAACAAUUCUAGCCGAAGACUAGUUCCCUCGACUUGGCAAAGUACAUUUGGAGGUUCUAUGUGGGAAUGGAAUGACAAACGUCAACAAUUCUAUUUGCAUCAAUUUUUGGAUUCUCAGCCUGAUUUCAAUUUUAGAAAUCCAAAAGUGCAUGAAGUUAUGAAGGAUAUUUUGAAAUUCUGGCUGGAUCGUGGUGUUGAUGGUUUUAGAAUUGAUGCAGUUAAACAUAUUUAUGAAAAAGUCAAUGACGAUGGUACUUAUCCAGAUUUUCCUCCAAGCGAUGAUCCCAAUGAUACUGUCAAUAAGGCAAACAAAGUCUACACUCAGCAUCAAGUUGAAACUAAGGAGCUUUUGUAUUCAUGGAGACAGUUUUUGGAAGAUUACCAGAAGGAAAAUGGAGGUGAUACCAGAGUACUUUUGGCUGAAUCUUAUUCGCCAGUAUAUAUUUUGAGCGAUUAUAUUAGCAACGGAACACAUUCUGGUGCUCAAUUGCCAAUGAACUUUAAACUGAUGGAUUUGGAGGAAAAUUCUAAUGCUCGCGAUGUUGAAAAACUUACAAAUGAAUGGAUGGAUUUUAUAUGGCCAAAACAUCAAACAGCCAAUUGGGUGGUUAGUAAUCAUGAUGCCCCAAGAGCAAUUGAUCGGUUUGGUUCCAUGAAGAAAAAAGACCUAUCAAAUAUUUUACUAACUUCUCUGCCCGGAGUAGCUAUUACUUACUAUGGUGAAGAAAUUGGAAUGACAAGUUUAUCAUGUCAACUUGAAGGUGGAGAGUGUCCUUGGAGUGAGACUCGUCAGUUUGGUAGAUCUCCAUUCCAAUGGAAUGAUCAAAUAGCUGCUGGAUUUUCCAAUUCAUCAGACACAUGGUUGCCAGUUGUUGAUAAUUACAAAGAAAUCAAUGUUAAAGUUGAACAGGGAUAUGCAAGAAGUUCGUUGAAUGUUUUCAAAAAUAUGCAAAAACUUAGACGAUCACCAGCAUUUAAGGCUUUCAAGAACCGUGGUGGUUUUAGCUAUGGCGCAGUGAAUGAUCAAGUUUUCCAAAUUGUUCGGUCAUCACGAUUUCAACAAUAUCGUAUUUUGUUGAACAUGUGCAAUAAAACAGAGACAGUUACCGGAUUAAGUAAUUCUAAAGGUGAACUUUCAAAUAUGUAUACGUACGCUGUAGUGACAAGUAACUCUCCACAUGAUAUUGGGGAUAAGGCUGAUCUAAGGAAAAUCGUAUUGGAACCCUAUGAAGCUGUUGUUUUAAAGAAAACUUUUAAACUUUUUUAAAUUUGUUUUUUAAAAUCUAUUUUUCUUUCUGUUGUGAAAAUUUUCUGAGCAUUCAUCUAGGAAAUUUUAAUAACAUUUUUGAAUGGUAGCAGCACUUAGAAAAAAUAUCAAAUGAUUUAUGAAAAGUU